AACUUGUAACUUACUAACCCUUUUCACGGUAAUUUCUUCAGUUGGCCUAUGGUCCUGGACAGUGCCAGAUGUUUUCCGCAAACUCAAGAGCAAGAGAGGCAGCAGACGGACAGGCUAGGCAGCCUCUGCUGAAUGCUGGAUGUUUCAGCGGAUACAAACCAAGUUGCCUUUUCAGUGGACGACGAGGACUCGGAAGCAGUAGUGGAGAGCCCUGGUCGGCAGUACGGAGGACAGAACGGGGUGUUAGAUUUCAGGAUGAAGUGCACACCUUUAUGGUCCACAAUACAGAGCCGGGAGGCGGGUGCGUAUUUUUGUGCUCGUAAUUCAACGCACCUUAUCAGUGCCUGUACAGAAUAUGAAUUGGACUCGGAUGACUUUGAUGAUGCUUCACUAGCUGAUAUCCAACGCGAACAAAGGCACUCUUGCGGGGCUCCACGACGAGAACGCACCAUGCCUUUACUGGUUGGCCUCAUGGAUGCUUCGGCUGCAAGGAGAAUGCCAGACACAGUUAUUCCUAUGUAUGAAACAGAUAGUAUGGAGAAUGGAGAACUUAGGAACGUAGACCUCGAUGACCUUGCUAAAAAACAGUGGUCGGGUGGAGGUCUACUGAACUCGGUUGCCAAUAUGGCAAAUUCAAUUCUCAGAGCUGGUAAACUUUUGGAAUUAUUGGUUGGUCAGGAUGCAAUUUCAGCAACAGAUUUGGCUAAUACUGCGGUAGCUUUGCCGUACGCAGUCAAUCAAGCAGGCUUCUUUCUUGGCAUUGUUCUCCUGGUCGUCAUUUGUGCUGUCACCGAUUGGACUAUCCGAUUGGUUGUCAUCAACGCUAAACUCAGCGGCAGAAUCUCUUACAUCAAAGUCAUGAACAGUCGUUUUGGUCCCAGUGGUCGUGCACCUGUUUCAUUCUUUCAGUUCUCAUUUGCUUUUGGUGGCAUGUGUGCAUUGGUAUUAUUAUCGGCAAGUGCAGGGUUCCUGGUGUAUUAG